GAGAAAGCAAGUCACAGUUUUUAGCAGAAACGACUGAACGUAUUUAAUUUUCACAACCUCCUAGCCUACCCCCCCAUUAUUCUUUACUUUCCUCUGCUUUCCGCUCUCAAACCCUAGGAAAAAAUUCACUUUCAGAUGCAAUGUGUUCACCCCACAAACCCUAGAAACCCACCAUUCCACGCAACACCAAAGAUUCAGCAAAGACCCACUUCACCGAUGGCCGCACUACCCAUUUCCAGGCAUCUCACUGUAUUAACUCUCUUCAUUUUCUUCCUCAAAUCCUUAGCUGCAGACGAAGAUUCUCAUUUCUCAUUCACACGGUUCCAGAAAGAUCCAAAAAACGAAUCCAAAAUCACUCUGUAUGGGGCUGCAAAAGUUGUUGAUGGCGGCUCUGCGAUUCAACUAACUGAUCGGGUGAGUUCGAGUGCUGGACGAGUCAUGUACAAGAACCCCAUUAAACUUUUCGGAGGUGAGUCUAGAAGUUUCGUUUCUUUUUCGACUUACUUCUCGUUCUCGACUACGGGCAAUGGUGAUGGUUUAGAUUUCUUUAUGGUUCCAAGUGGCUUCAAUGUUAGCCAGUUUGGUAAUAGUUCAUAUGGACUUUCUCUAGGAUCUGGGAAAAGCAAUUUUAAGGUUGUUUCUGUUAAGUUUAAUACGUUAAGGGACAGUAAUGAUGGUUUGCUGAAGAAUCAUGCACGAAUAGGUGUGGGUAGUGUUGUAUCAGAGAAAUUGAGCAAUGCGUCGGCUUAUAAUUUGGCUCGCAGUAGUGGAAAAAUCCAUGCUUGGAUAGAUUACGAAGCGAGUUCAAAGCGGUUAGAGGUUAGGUUGGGCCAAGAUGGUAGCUCUAGGCCUUCUAGUCCGUUGCUCUCAUAUCGAAUUGCCCUGUCCAAGGUGUGGGAGAAUGAAGAAGUGUUUGUGGGCUUUAGCUCCUCGACUGGGAAUUCUUCUGAUGCAUGUUUUCUGCAUUCCUGGAGUUUUAAGAUCAGGCAUGUUCCGAAUUGGAUGCAUUCGGAGCCAUUGGAUCCAAAGGCAUUUGCUAAAAGCACCAAAACUUUGGAAGCCGAAAAGCGAAGAGAUUGUCUCUCAAGAGUGCUGGCUGCAAUGAUAUUCGGUGCUGCCUGUGGAGCUUUGGCGGCAUUCACUGUGUUGUAUUUGUGGACAGUCUUUGGCCAUAGGCGUCCGGUGGUGCCGGAGGAGUUUGCCAUGCAGCCCAUUGGUUGCGAGUACAAGAAAGUCAAAGUAGUUGUAGAUAAAGCAAUCGAAGGUGGCAAGUAGGAGUUUGAGGUGUUCAAUUGAAUGUUGUGUUGUAAAUCAGUGUCUUUUCUACUUUUAUCUUCACGUUUUAUUGUUUUGUUGUAAUUUGGUGAUCAAUUGUCAAAAUGUAGUUCUGUUACAUAUUGUUCAAUCUGGGAAGCACUGUGCUUUGAACAGAUAAUUGAAAUAUUGUAGGUUUUAACCCCA